GUUUUCCAUUUCUUAUUCGCUCGUUCCAAAAGCAAGCCUUCUUCUCUCUCAUUCCCAAAUCAAAGCUCUCUCCUCUCAAAUCUCCUCCUCCUCCUCUCAGCGUUGGGCAACUUCAAAUCGAAAUAGAUUGUAUGCUAGUAUGGAGUCUGAUCACAGAGUAUCAACUCAAAGUUCAGUUUAGGUGAAAAAAGAAGAAAAGAAAGCGAAUUUUCGUUGGUCAAAACCAAUGUCUAAGGUAUUGCUGGAAUUUCUUGCUGAAGAAGUGAGAAAAGGAAACAGGCCAAACAACUCAUUCAGAACUAGUUCUUUCGUAGCAGCUGCAAAGAAUAUUUCUGAACUAUUUCACACUACUUGUACCGUUGAUCAUGUUGAGAACCAUAUGAGGACAGUGAGAGCUACAUGGGGAAUAAUAUCAAAACUUCGAGGGACCUCUGGCUUUGGAUGUGAUGACAGCGUGAAGAUGGUCACAGUAUCUCCUAUUGCUUUUAAUACUUAUGUUCAGCAAUACCCAACUCAUGAGCGGUAUCUCAAUCGAAAAAUUGAUAUGUAUGAGGAAAUAUCAAUUGUUGCUGGCAAAGAUAUGGCUAGAGGAGACUUUUCUAAGUCAUUUGCUGACAUUCAAGUGACUAGCAUUGAGAGUGGGCAGGGGCCAACAACCACUACUGAAAAUGGGCCAACAACCACUACUGAAAAUGGGCCAAUUAAAUCAGAGAGUGCUACUUCUUCAGAGCCUAGGCCACAUCGGAAGAGGACUCGAGUUGAAGAGGAAGGGUGUGACUUGCAACAAAUAUCUACUCAAUUAGGAGAAGUCGUUGGUGCUCUUAAAAAUUUUUCGAACAACCAACUUGAUGUGGAAAAGCUUCAUGAAGAGAUAAUGAAGAUGGAGGAUUUUGAUGAACUAGUUCGUGAUGCCGCCUUUAAUCAUUUGGUUGAGCGUGAGAUGCUAGCUAAAGCAUUUUUAACAAAGAGAGAAUUACUUCGUAGGCUUUGGCUCCAAAAGUUCGUAAAGUCUCUACGUUCAUACUAACAUGAGCUUGA